UUUAAAAAAAUAAUUAUGCCUAAUGCCAAUUUAGUUCCACUUGAAAAUGUUAGAAGAUGGCCAAGAGGUAUAGAUUCGAAUUCUAGUCUACAAAGUUCCUCUAAUAUAUCAACGGAAGAACAAAAUGAUUUAAAGAAAGAAAUUCAACAAACAAAUAAUUUUCAAUUUACUUCUGGUGCUUGUACAAAAUGUGGAAAUUUCGGUCAUUUAACUUGGCAAUGCCAACAAAAAAAGAAAACAAAAAAUGUUUAUAUUUCUUCAAAUAGUUCUAAAGAAGGUUGGCUUUUUUUUCUUAAUUUUUCCCCCAAAAAAACUUUUUCAGAAAUUAAUUCUUUACUUAAAACAAACGAAAAUGUUCACACAAAUUGGUCUAUUAGCGAUUCGUGUAUUUCUUUGGAAUCACAGAAGGAAAGUUUUAAUGAACGUAUUCAAAAAUUGGAAAUUGAAAAAGACAAAAUGAGUAAAGCUUUUGAACAGCUACUGGAAAAAUUUAAUGAGCAAAAUCUAUCACAACAUCCAUCUUCUACUUUUUCGUCCAAAGAAUUUGUUACUUUCGAUGAUUUAGAAAAUCAUCCUUUCAUUCAACAAAUGAAGGAAAAAAUUAAAUUAUUGGAUCAAAAGACAUCUGAUCAGCAACUUAUUUUAGAGCAAAACCUUAAUUUUCAAAAAAUGUCUUUAUCUUCUAAUAAAGAAAAUAAAUUAAACAAUUCUGGAAUUAAACAACAAAAAGAAGAAAAUAAUGUUUUGAAUGAUCAGAAAAUUAAAGAAGAGUUGGAAACUUUAAAAAUUGAAAAUAAAAAGUUGAAAAGAAAAGAAGAAAUAAAUAACAAUGAAUUGACUAAAAUAACAGAAGAAUAUCAAAAAUUAACAAAUGAAUUGGUAGCUUCUAAAAAUUUAGUAUCUUUACUUGAACUUGAAAGAACACAAAUUAAACAACAAUUUGAAAAAGAUAUUGAAAAAGUUCAAAAUGAUGCCAAUCAUUAUAAAUCUGAAAAUGAACGAAUAUCUGAUUUAUAUGAUAAACAACAAGUUAGAAGUAAAUCAAUGGGUAUAAAUAUUUCAAAUUUGAAUAGAAUAAAUCGAAAAUUAAAAGAAGAAUUAAAUAUUUCAAACAAUAAAAUAAAUCAACUUCAAAAACAAAUUAAUAAAAAUUCCAAAAAUGUUAAUGAACAAACUGAUGAGAAAUUCAAAGAUUUUGGAGGACAAGUUGACAUUCGUUUUGUAAAAAUCAAAAAUAGAAUUAACAGAAUUGAUUGUGAAUAUACUUGCUGUGAAAACAAAUGUAUAAAUUCAAAUAUAUCAAAUGGUUUUUGUAAUUCAAAAAAUGGAUUUGUUUGUGUUUUUGAUGCUAAUAAUUGCUGUACAAAAAUUAAAUAUUAUUUGACAAAUAAUAAAAGAAAGGAAAAUAAAUGGAUUAGAUUAUUUGCACAAAACUCAUUUUCCAAAGGUUGCUGUUAUGGUAAAGGAUAUUCUUUAUAUUAUUUUGAACUUACAAUGAUUAAAGAAGAGACUAAUAUUUGUUAUGCAGGAAUUGGUCUUUACAACACAACCGCAAAUAUCCAUACAGUUAAUCACAUAACUAGUACAAGUACAAAUAUAUUUUUGUGCAAUGAUGCAACAAUUAAUUGGCAAGAUUUUCAAAAAUUUUCAUGGAAAGAUGGGGACGUUUUUGGAUAUGGAAUUGUUUAUCCUGCUAGGAGUAAUCAUGUAACGGAGCCUUAUGUAUUUUUUACUAAAAAUGGGAGUAAAAUUGGUAUGUUUUUAAAAAAUCAAGAAAUUUUACUUACAAGGAGAACUCAAGAACUGUCAGUCAAAACUUUGCAUUUUUUUGGUACCAAUCGAUAG